AUGGCAAAGAGCACAGUGAUGGGUGGCAUGGAAACCUUCAUGAUGGGCGUCGAUAUCCUAUCCUCCAGUCUCUACCCUGCUUUGGUGCCUUUAUUAAUCGAUAUGACGCACCAACAGAGCUAUGAAAAUGUGGAUUAUCAGUUGCCUGCGAUAAGUGGGCAGCGCGCGUCCCGUAUUUAUAGCGAAAGAGUGUCACAGCAGUCUUUUCCAUCUCAACGUGCCGCUCGUUCGACGAAAAAGCGUAUUGUCUAUGAUGAAUCAUCGGAGGACGAAGAAGAUGAUGAUGAUGAUGAAAUUGAAGAAGAGGAGGAAGAUUCAGCUUCGGUAUUAUCUGCACCAUCUGAAGAAAGUGACUUUGAGGAUAGCGAUGGCAAACAACGAUAUAGCAGCAAAAAAGCGUCCAAAAAGCAUACUCAGUCAAGCGGUAGUUCGAGCUACCAAACCAAUCAUGUGUUCAUUCCCCUAGGAACCAAGGUCUUCGAGCGAAUCCUGGAUUAUAGGAAGAAUGCAGAGACUGGCGUUGAUGAAUUACUGGUGAAAUACAAGAAUACGAGCUUCCAUCAUGCUGAAUGGAUCCCUUUGAGCAAGGUUGAAGGUGAACAUUUAGGCAAACAUAGAGUCAAAAAGUUCCUUCAAAAGUACUAUCGCGAUGGUCCGGAAGAUUUUCGAGAAAAUCUAAAGAUCGACCGUAUAAUUGACGAAGGCGAACUGACUGAUCCAGAAACUGGUCAAACCAAAAUUUUCUUUCUUGUAAAAUGGAACGGGCUUUUCUACGAUGCUUCUACUUGGGAGAGUGAAGACGAUGUAAUGGAAAUUGAUGCCCUUAAAAUUGAGGAGUUUCAUAUUCGAAGACAAAUCCCUUCCCAUAAGCUAGUCAAUUCGCCACCACGGCCUAACGUUUCAACCUUUGCCAAAUAUGAUGCAUCGCCCAAAUACCGAUUCGAUAACGAACUUCGUUCGUAUCAAUUAGAAGGACUGAAUUGGUUGCGAUUUUGUUAUUACAGCCACCGUUCGUGCAUUCUAGCCGACGAAAUGGGUUUAGGCAAAACCGUGCAAUCUGUUGCACUUCUUAAUGACCUAUAUCACUCGCUUCGUAUCUGCGGACCUUUCCUGAUUGUUGCUCCUCUAUCAACUAUCCCUCAUUGGGAGCGAGCAUUCAAGGCCUGGACCGACCUGAAUGUGAUCGACUACCGUGGAAGCGUAUUAUCCCGCAACCUGCUCGUCGAAACAGAAUUCUACUAUAAGGAUAUGCAAGGGAGCAUCAUCCAGAAUCGAUACAAAUUCGAUGUAUUGAUCACGACUUACGAAAUGGCGUCCGCCGGAGCUGCCCAAUUGCGUGAUAUUAAAUGGAAGUGCGCAGUAUUCGAUGAAGCGCAUCGUCUCAAAAAUAAGCAAUCCAAAGUGCUUGAAAUUUUGAAAACGUUUCACUUGGACCAUAAACUGUUAUUGACAGGAACACCGUUACAAAACAAUCUUGACGAACUUUAUAGUUUACUGAACUUUAUGCAGCCCGAAAUAUUCCAUGAUGAGCGAGUAUUUUUCGCGGAAUAUGGUUCCUUGCAGUCAGCUGCCGAGGUGGAGAAAUUACAAGCGCUUUUAAAGCCUAUUAUGUUGCGCCGUUUCAAGGAAGACGUGGAGAAGAGUAUUCCUGUUAAAGAAGAAACUGUCAUUGAAGUAGAAUUGACGAAUCCACAGAAAAAGUGGUAUAGAGCCGUGUUAGAAAAGAACUUUAGUUUUCUGAAAAAGGGUGCCAAAUCUAAUAAGGAAAUGCCUCAUCUUCGCAAUAUCAUGAUGCAGCUCCGUAAAUGCUGUAUCCAUCCAUAUCUUCUUGAGGGAGCUGAAGAAGUUAUCGUAUCGGAAAGCCAUGCUGUUACUUACCAGGAGCAGUUUAAUUGCCUCGUUCAAUCAUCUGGAAAAUUGGUGCUUAUUGAUAAAUUGCUCAGGAAACUAAUCAAGGGAAAUCACAAAGUCCUUAUUUUCUCUCAAUUUACCAGUUGCCUGGAUAUUUUGGCUGAUUAUUUGAAAGGCCGGAAUUAUGCCCAUGAGCGUAUCGAUGGUAGUAUUCCUGGCGAUCAACGUCAAGCUGCCAUUGACCGCUUUUCGACUCUACCUAUCGAGCAAUCGUUUGUGUUCUUACUCUGUACUAGAGCAGGUGGCGUUGGUAUCAACUUGACGGCUGCCGACACCUGCAUUAUUUUUGACAGUGAUUGGAAUCCACAAAAUGAUCUUCAGGCACAAGCACGUUGCCACCGUAUCGGUCAGACUAAACCAGUACAGAUUUACCGCUUAAUAUGUCGCAAUACUUAUGAAAAAGACAUGUUUGAUCGUGCCGGUAUGAAACUGGGUCUCGAUAAGGCCGUCAUGCAACGCUCCGGGCUAGAGCAAGACGAAGGAGGAGGGAGCAAAAACGAAAUGAACCGAAAAGAAAUCGAGGAUCUCUUGAAAAAGGGCGCUUAUGGAGCGAUGCUCGAUGAGGAAGCAAGCACUAAAUUCUGCGAGGAAGAUAUUGAUCAAAUUCUCGAACGACGAACGACUGUUAUUCGCCACGAGGGCAAUGAGAAAGGAUCGGUGUUCUCAAAAGCAACGUUUUCUGCUACUGAGGAUAUGGGCGUGGAUAUCGAUGACCCUGAUUUUUGGGAGAAAUGGGCGGCAAAGGCGAAUAUUGAUGCCACAGAAGCACAAGAUGAAAAUGAUCUUAUUGUUUAUGAGCCACGCCGGCGACGACAAGUUCAGCGAUUCGGUGGACGAUUUACAGACGACAUCUUAUCAAACGAAGAUAAUGGAGAUGAAUCCGAUGCCUACGAAGAUGAACUUGAAAAAUCACGAAAGCGAGAUCAACCCCGACCAUGGACAUUAUCCGAAAAGACAAAGUAUGAACGUAAAUUGAUGAUAUAUGGAUAUGGCCGUUGGGAUCAGAUGAAGGUUCAUUUCCCACGUCGCCAAGAAAAAGAUCUAAAGGCGGUCACUCGCGCAGUAAUGAGAAAAACACUGCCGACUAUCGAGAAAAACAACGCCGAAGAUCGUCAGUUAGUCGAAGAUAUUGAAACCAUCUUGGAAGAUGAUGCUGCUGAGGAAGUACAAGGAGAUGAAACGGUGCCAUAUGCUGGAGCUACGAAAAAGCAAAUUACAGAGUUCCGCUCAUUUUUAUUGCAAGCUCCUGCAGAUUAUGUUGAACAUAUUGAACGAAAAGGUCGUAAUUUUUUGCUGCGUAUUCAAAUGCUGUACAUGAUUCGAGAUAAAAUUGUCCCGAAGGAUUGGGAAGAAGCUAAACAACUGCCAAUUCCAAAAGUAACAGGGUCACCUCCCAGCGAUUGGUGGGGUGACAAUGAAGACCGUGAUUUACUUUUGGGUAUUUGUAAAUACGGUUACCAACAGUAUCUUACAAUGCGUAACGAUCCGGAGUUCUGCUUCUACGGGAAAAAAUUCGAUGAUAGCCGAGCUGGUGCGCUAGAAGAUGACGACACCGCUCCCACUCAUCCUGAGCAGAAUGCAGACGCAUCCAACAAAAUGCUUGUUGAUGAUCAAGCAAAUGAUAAUGAUGCACAGGUGUAUAUAUGGCCAUCGAAGGCUGAUAUCGGUAUGCGUCUCCGUCGCAUCAUUGCUGCUUUCCUUCGUGAACAGGCAAACGAUCUCCGCAAACGUAAAUUGCUAGAAAAAGAGCAGAGGAAGGAAGAUGUGCGACGUGCACGUCAACAAGAGAAGGAGUCAAGGCAUGCAGAAAGACAGAAAGCAAAACGCCAACAUGCAUCUGACCGAUGGACGAAGAAAAGCCGUGCUGAUUUCCUGAGAACCGUGUUAUCCUUUGGUGUUGAAACGGUUCCCAAUGAUCCUGAAAUACGAUGGGAGAGAUUUAAAGAGAUAUCUGGUCUUGAAUCUCGAACAGACGAAUCUUUGAAUACCUAUUAUUACCAAACCUUUGUACCAGCUUGCGAAGAAAUGAUGAGGCUCCAUAAACUGGAAGAGGAGGCAGCCGCUCAAAAUAAUAUUGACGCUUCGACAAACGUAAAUGGUUCCGCAGUAGUCUCCUUACAAACACCUCAAACAGAUCAGCAAUAUGGAACGGUGAGUCGUGAGUCGAGCGUGGGUCCAUCGCAAGCUUCUUCCGUCGCCCCUGAUGAUCCUACAGCAGCUGGUGAUAAGGAAGAUAACAGCGAACUGGCCGAUUUGGUUCCUUACGAUAAAGCGAGACGAGCUCUCAAGCGAAUCGCUCAGAUGAAAAAGAUCCGCGAGGAAGUCAUCGUAAAUCCAGAUCUUGAAGCCCACAUCUUGAAUGCUCGUAAAACCUCCGGAUUGCCUCCCUGGUGGGAAGUACCAACGCAUGACAAGGCCUUGUUAACCGGCAUUUGCAAGCACGGUAUUGGACGAAACGAUUUGUUAAUCAACGAUCCCGAGUUGGCGUUUUAUCAUAUCAGACAGAAGGUACUUUCCGAAGAAGGUAUUGAAGACUCGGAGGAGAAUGAAGCGACUAUUAUGGACAAGCUUGCCUGGCCGAAAGACCUUGUUAUUGCUCGACGCAUCAAUACAUUAUGCGAGCUGGUGCUACGACCAAGACCUCCUCCGAAACGCCGAGCAGCUGGUGGAGCAAGGAAACGCAAAGCAGAAGUAGCAAGUCCGCCAUCAACAACGAGCAAAAGCAUUAAGCUGACACUGAAGGGACCAAAGCAGAGGACGGAAUAUAACAGCGAGCUUAGCUUAUCUGGUGAUUCUACGGAUAGUGGAGAGGACACCGACACAAUCUUGCAGGAAGCGACGAAACGUAUGCGAAAGAGAGUGAAUGGUCGUCAUCCGACAAAACCUUUGAAAUCGCAAAGCGCGGCUCGUCGUCCCCAUGGAUCAUUCAAUGUCUCCUCAGAAGAACGUUCUUCGUCACCGUCAUCUAUGUCAUUCUCUACACCAUCCGCUGCUUGGAGUCAUGAUAUGACACAUAACGGAUAUCAUUACGCGCAGCAUGGGUCCUCGUCCCCAAUAUAUGAUUCGGAUGAAAACGUAUGCAUGCAUUCGGCACCUGCACACGACUACUAAAUUUUCACACUCAUGCUUUUACCAUAUGUACCCUUUUUUCUUCGUCUAUCGGGUUCAAGUGCCUUGUGAAUGGGUGAAUGAAUUAUGUGGGCUGGCCAUCCGUUGUAAGGAAAUAAAUAAAAUAAAAAAAUCGAAAUGAAAGAAGCAAUAUCAAGUUCCGCUGUAAUAGGCGCUUUCUUGCUUGGGUGCCC